UAACCAUUAAAUGUGAGAUAUUCGCAGGAUUCGAAGGGUUUCAUUUUCGGGAGGAAAUGAACGUCAUCGUUACACUCUCGGUGAAUAAUAUCAGAGAUUAUAUCAAAGAAAAUCAAUCUGUUUCAAGCGCAAUAAAUCUGCUGCGAACGGUAAAAGAGCAGCAGGCGGCACGGCGGUGACGCCCCGACAGCCAAGGCACUGUUAAGUGGGUCCCACAGCAUCAUCUUCCGGGCGUACGGUACACCGUGUAUCUGCACCAGCCACGUGUCGAAGUCACAGUGGCCGGGCUCUCCCCGACCGCUUUCCAACCAUCUUCUCGGAAGCUUACCGCAAGCAGUGCACUGUUCAGAAAUAUCUCCUCGUCGUCGUCGUCUCUCUCUCUGUUUCUCCGACCAUGGGCCGCUGUCUCUCUCUCCUCUCCGCUCUCCUCCUGGCAAUCCCACUCCUGGCCGUCGCGACGCAUGAUUCCACCUCCGAUGACCCUUUGAUCCGGCAGGUCGUCUCCUCGUCCGAGGAAGGCGGCGUCGCCGAUGACCCGGGCCUACUCGACGCCGAGCUCCGGUUCUCCAGAUUCAAGCUCCAGUUCGGGAAGACCUACGCCUCCCAGGAGGAGCACGACUACCGGCUCGGGGUCUUCAAGGCCAACCUCCGCCGGGCGGAGCUCCACCAGAAGCUUGACCCCACCGCCGUCCACGGAAUCACCAAGUUCUCCGACCUGACUCCAGAGGAGUUCCAGAGCAAGUUCCUCGGCUUGAAGGGGCUCAAGCUCCCAGCCGACGCCAGCAAGGCGCCGAUCCUUCCCACCGAUGACCUCCCCACUGACUUUGACUGGCGCGACCACGGCGCCGUCACCGGCGUCAAAGACCAGGGGUCUUGUGGAUCGUGCUGGUCGUUUAGCGCGACCGGGGCGCUGGAAGGAGCUCACUAUCUAGCGACAGGGGAGCUCGUGAGCCUCAGUGAGCAGCAGCUUGUUGAUUGUGACCAUGAGUGUGACCCAGAAGAAUAUGGUGCUUGUGAUUCGGGGUGUAACGGUGGGCUGAUGACAACUGCCUUUGAGUACACUCUCCAGGCGGGUGGACUUCAGCGGGAGGAAGAUUAUCCCUACACUGGGACUGAUCGUGGCCCCUGCAAGUUCGACAAGACCAAAAUUGCUGCUUCGGUGUCCAACUUCAGUGUCAUUUUGCUGGAUGAAGACCAGAUUGCCGCUAAUCUCGUUAAGCAUGGCCCUCUUGCCGUGGGCAUCAAUGCCGUUUACAUGCAGACUUAUGUUAAAGGGGUUUCCUGUCCAUACAUCUGCUCGAAGCAUCUCGAUCAUGGAGUCCUCCUGGUGGGGUAUGGGGCUGCAGGGUAUGCUCCCAUCAGGUUCAAGGAGAAGCCCUACUGGAUCAUCAAGAACUCGUGGGGGGAGAACUGGGGAGAGAACGGGUACUACAAGAUCUGCAGGGGCCGUAAUAUCUGCGGGGUGGACUCGAUGGUAUCGAUGGUAGGAUCUAUAGUUACCCGCACUCAGUGAUGCUUAUGAUUGUAGCCUUAGUUAAGCUUCCGCCGUACAGGUUGAAGCUUUGUACUUUAAAAUGCUUAUUGCAAACAGAAGCCUUAUUGUAAUUGAAAUCAAACCAGAAGCCGUAAUAAUAGGUUCUAUGUGUAGUUUAAGUGUG